UAGAGUUGCAAAAUGGCAGGGAGUUCAAGUGAGGAGUCUGGGGUAGGCAGAAUGUCAAACGGUCAACAGCUUUCAGGGGAAGCAUUGGCGGAAUGGAGAUCUUCUGAGCAGGUGGAGAAUGGAAUUGCUUCCACAUCACCUCCUUAUUGGGAUACCGAUGAUGAUGAUGAUGAUGAUUGUGGAGCAAAACCUUCUGAGUUAUAUGGGAAGUAUACAUGGAAGAUAGAUAAGUUUUCACAGAUUAACAAGAGAGAACUUCGUAGCAAUGCAUUUGAGGUUGGAGGCUACAAAUGGUAUAUUUUGAUCUACCCUCAAGGUUGUGAUGUUUGCAAUCACUUAUCUUUAUUUCUUUGUGUUGCCAAUCAUGACAAGCUUCUUCCAGGGUGGAGUCAUUUUGCACAAUUCACAAUAGCUAUUGUGAACAAGGACCCUAAGAAAUCAAAAUAUUCUGACACGUUGCAUCGCUUCUGGAAGAAAGAGCAUGAUUGGGGAUGGAAAAAGUUCAUGGAGUUAUCAAAAGUUUUAGAUGGAUUUGUUGAUGCUGACACCCUUAAAAUAAAAGCUCAAGUUCAAGUUAUCAGGGAGAGAGUCGAUCGCCCUUUCAGAUGCCUUGAUUGUCAGUAUAGGAGAGAACUUGUAAGGGUAUAUUUGUCAAAUGUGGAGCAAAUAUGUCGCCGCUUUGUUGAAGAAAGAAGAGGAAGGCUAGGAAAGUUGAUAGAAGAUAAAGUUAGGUGGUCAAGCUUCUGUACUUUCUGGUUAGGAAUUGAUCAAAAUGCAAGGCGCAGGAUGUCAAGGGAGAAGUCGGAUUUGAUACUGAAAGUUGCUGUAAAACAUUUUUUUAUAGAAAAAGAAGUGACAUCUACUUUAGUGAUGGAUUCUUUAUACAGUGGACUAAAAUCCCUUGAAGGUCAAAGUCAAACAAAAAACAAAACAAAGGGAAAAUGUUUGGAUGCAGAAGAAGUACCACAACCAGUACCUAUAGUUCGGGUUGAAAAAGAGACAUUUAUCCUUGUUGAUGAUGUGUUAUUAUUGCUCGAGAGGGCAGCAUUGGAACCUUUACCACCUAAAGAUGAAAAAGGCCCUCAAAACCGUACUAAGGAUGGUGGUUCAGGGGAGGAUUUCAGCAAGGAUUCUAUUGAACGUGAUGAAAGGCAUCUUACUGAAUUGGGGCGUAGAACCAUUGAAAUAUUUGUCCUAGCACAUAUCUUCAGUAAAAUAGAAGUUGCAUACCAAGAGGCUGUUGCUUUGAAAAGGCAAGAGGAGCUCAUACGUGAAGAAGAGGAAGCAUGGAUGACUGGAAUUGAACAGAAAGCAAAACGUGAAAAGGAAAAGAAAUCAAAGAAAAAACAGGGGAAACAAAAAAGAAACAACCGGAAACUGAAGGAUAAAAUAAAGGAAGAAAAAGCUAAUACUGUAGUAAUACAAGACAAACCUCAACUAUCAAUUGAUGAAGCAGAAGAUUUGUUAUUGCUUGAAAAAUCAGACAUUUCUGAUGUUUCAGAUUCAGUUGAAUGUGUUCCACUUGUUCUUCAGCCUGAUUCAGAUGAAAGAGAUUCAAUUCAAGUCAACUGGGACACCGACACAUCGGAAGCUCAGCCGCCUACAGAAGCCGCCAGUAGCGGCGGUGCCAGCUGUCUCACCGUCGUGACUACUAGCCCUCCAUCUAUCAUGGACGAUUCUUCAUCCACUUGUUCAACAGAUUCAGUCCCAUCACUUGUCUCGAAUCGAUCUUACAAAGGUCAAAAAAGUCAACCCCCGAAAACCAACCUCCAGAAAACCAUAUCUUCAGUCAAAACACUGAAUACGGAUAAAAAUGUAAUCCCAGUCAACACUAAAAAUGGGACCAGGACCUUAAAACCGGCUGAUAAGCCGGUGGAACCAGCGGUGCCUAUGGUGUCCAGACCAUUGAGUGCACCGCUGGUUCCAGGGUCCGGGUCCAGAUCCGGACCCGGACCCACUCUUCCGGUUGCAGCAACGGUGCAUGCAACAUCGUUUCUGCCCCGGUCAAUGAGUGCAGCCGGGCGGUUAGGUGCUGACAUGUCACCGGCUCAGUCAUACCGGAAUGUUAUGAUGGGUGGUGGUGGUGCUACUGCAACUUCAACUAGUUUUAAUCAGACUAUAAAUCCAUCUAACUUGUAUUCACCGGUUCCUAUGAUGACAUCAUCAUCAUCAUCAUCAUCAUCGUCCAUGUUUUUACAUGAUGGUUUUGAAAUGGUAGAAGAUUCUAGAAUGUUGUCAUUUGGGGGGGUGAAUAUGAAUGUGAAUGUGAAUGAUCCGUAUUUGGAUCCGUUUUGUGACGAGGUUCCUGGUGGGCGAAUGUUGGCUGAUGAAUUCCCUCAUCUUGAUAUCAUAAAUGAUUUACUAGAUGAUGAAGUUAGCCCUUUGUUUCAUGGGCCCCACCAUCUGACACGUCACUUGACUUACCCUGGUGGAUCUAUUGACCAAAGCUAUCAUGAUGUACUACUCCAUCAUAAUUAUGAUUAUACCGGUGGGCCCCACCAACAACCUAACUUACAGGCGGCAGCUUAUAUGAACAUGAACAUGAACGGAUUGAUUCAGAGCCAGUGGCAGAUGAGUGGUUCUGAUGUAUCGUAUCCCAGCAGCAGCAGUUUCAUGAGGAACAUGGAUGAUAAUGAUGACAUGUAUGAUGAUGAUCAUCAUCAUCAUCAUCAUCAUUUGGAUUACUCUAAUAACAUGAUGAUGGGUGUGAAUGGUUAUACUGUAUACCACCGUCCUUCUAACGGACAGUGAAUAAUAAUAGUCUGAAGCAAAUGAAAAGAAAAAUAUAUCUGAUUACUAAUAAAAGAUGUCAGUCAAAAGGGUUUGGAGGGUUGUAAGAAAAAAAAACAUCUUGUAAAAAGUGAC